AUGUCGAAGCAAGCACAAAAGCUCCAUCCAACGAUUCGUCCUUUCUACCCAGAUGCUAAGCCAAUCCCAACAGAGGCUAAGAACGCAUCCCUCAACACCCUUUCUCACAAGGUUCAAGAAUCGCAAGGUGAAGACCUCGAGCAAGCCCGCCAUAAUCUUCUCUGGAAGCUUAUGGGAGAAUAUAUUCCAGCUGAAAAGGAUUCAGUUCAACUUUCCUUUGUUAACCACAUGGAAUACACACUUGCAAGGUCUCGCUUCAACUUAGAUGCAUUCUCAUCUUAUCUCGCAGUUUCUUACUCAGUCCGUGAUCGUUUAAUCGAACUUUUCAACGAUACACAAGAGUAUUUCAUCUCUUCAAAGGCUAAGCAAGUUUACUACGUUUCUGCUGAGUUCCUUGUUGGCAGAUUCCUCAGAAACGCACUUCUUAACCUCGAACUUGAAGACCUCUACCGCAAGUCUCUUGCUGAACUCGAUGUUUCUCUUGAUCAGAUCUACAACGAAGAGUACGAUCCAGGUCUUGGUAACGGUGGUCUUGGUCGUCUUGCCGCCUGCUUCAUGGACUCACUCGCAACACUCAACCUUCCAGGCUGGGGUUACGGUUUGAUGUACUCCUUCGGUAUGUUCAAGCAAAUAAUCGGCGCCGAUGGUUCCCAGCUCGAAAUUCCAGAUUACUGGCUCAACUUCGGUGACCCAUGGCGUAUCCAGAAGCCAACAGUCUGCCAUCAAGUUCAUUUCUAUGGCCGCUGCGAGAAUGGUGUUUGGAAGCCAUCUCUUACAAUCAACGCUGUCGCAAACGACUUCCUCAUCCCAGGUUUCGGCACAGAUAACACAUUGGCCCUCAGACUUUGGUCCUCAAAGCCAACAGUCGAACUCGAUGAAGAGAAGUUCCGUGGUGGUGACUACUUCCAGGCUAUCACAAUGAAGCAGCGCUGCGAGAACCUCACAUCAGUUCUUUAUCCAAACGAUAACACAUACGAAGGCAAGGAAAUGAGACUCAUGCAGGAGUACUUCAUGUCCUCUGCUUCCCUCCAGGAUAUCAUCCGCCGCCUCAAGACACAUCAGAAGCAAGAUAUCAGACAGCUUCCAAAGUACGCUGCCAUCCAGCUCAACGAUACACACCCAACAGUCAUGGUCGCUGAGUGCCUCAGAAUCCUUAUGGAUGAGGAAGACAUGGGUCUCCUAGAAGCCCUCGAAAUCACACGCAAGGUCUUCUCAUACACAUGCCACACACUCAUGCCAGAAGCUCUUGAGAAGUGGGAUGUUCCAAUGUUCCAGAACAUGCUUCCACGCCACCUCGAGAUCAUCUACCAGCUCAACCAGUACUACCUCGACGAUGUUCGCGCUAAAUACCACGUCACAGACGAUGUUAUCCGCAACCUCUCCAUCAUCGAGGAGUCCAAUCCAAAGAAGGUCCGUAUGGCCAACCUCGCUGUCAUCGGCUCUCACAUGGUCAAUGGUGUCGCUGCCAUCCACUCAGAGCUCAUGAAGAUCUACGUCUUCAAGGACUUCGCCCAGCUCGAACCAAAGAAGUUCAUCAACAAGACAAACGGUGUCACAAUCAGAAGAUGGCUCCACCACUGCAACCCAGGUCUCUCACAGAUCAUCAACCGCGUUGUCGGUGACGAGAAGUGGGCUCUCAACGCUGAAGGCCUCACAGCUCUCACAAAGAAGCAGGAUGAUCCAAACUUCAUCGCUGAAUGGGAAGCUGUCAAGCUCGCUAACAAGCAGCACCUUGCUGAACUCGUCAAGAAGACAACAGGCGUCGAACUCAACCCAGAGAAGCAGCUCUUCGAUAUCCAGGUCAAGCGUAUCCACGAAUACAAGCGCCAGCAACUCAACAUCUUCUCAAUCAUCUACAGAUACCUCAACAUCCUCGAGAUGACACCAGCAGAGCGCGCUAAGCUUGUUCCACGUGCAAUGAUCUUCGGUGGUAAGGCUGCUCCAGGCUACUACGCCGCCAAGAAGCUCAUCAAGCUCAUCAACAACGUCGCUAAGGUUGUCAAUGCCGACAAGAACAUCGGUGACCUCCUCAAGGUUGUCUACAUUCCAAACUACAACGUUUCAGCCGCUGAAAUCAUCAUUCCAGGUACAGAUGUCUGCGAGCAGAUUUCUACAGCUGGUACAGAAGCUUCCGGCACAUCCAACAUGAAGUUCGCCUUCAACGGUGGCCUCAUCAUCGGUACACACGAUGGUGCUAACAUCGAAAUCGGUGACGCUAUCGGUAACGAGAACGUCUUCUUCUUCGGUGAAGUCGCUGAAAACGUCGACACAUACCGCGCUGCCGCUGAACACCCAAUUCCAGCUGGCCUCCGCCGCGUUUUCGACACAAUCAGAACAGGCCUCUUCGGUGAUGUCAACGAGUACGAGUGCCUCAUCUACCCAGUCGAGCACGGAGAUAACUACCUCGUCGCUAAGGACUUCGAAGACUACCUCGAUGCCCAGAGAAGAUGCGAUGAAGCUUACAAGAACAAGGAAGAAUGGACAAAGAUGUCUAUUGCUUCAACAGCUAACAUGGCUAGAUUCUCAUCAGACAGAACAAUCACAGAAUACGCUAACGAAGUUUGGGGUAUCCACGAGUGCAAGCUCCCAGUCGUUGAGCCAAUCGAGGCUUCCGGUGUCCAACAGAUGGGAGUCGGCUCAAUCGGUGGCUCUCUCAGAAGACACCAGUCCGCUGCUUUCGCUGAACAGGCUCCAUCAUCAAACGGACCAACACUCUCUAAGGGAACAUACGGCUCACUCUCAAGAAAGUCUCAGAUCCCAGUCCCAGCUGCUCAACCAGUUCAGGAUUCAAAGAAUGAUGACCACGAUGGCGAAAUCGAAAUCGACUACAACUAA